AUGGCUCAUCAAGAACUAGAAGACCCCAAGAAGAUUGAAUACCCACUAGACCUAGAUGCAUACGAUAUCCUCCACGAAAUUGGCGUGGGCGUCAGUGCCAAGGUUUACAAAGCAAUUUGCUUGCCAUUGGACUCAACUGUGGUUGCCAUCAAGGCCAUUGAUCUGGUUCGAUCUCGAACUCAUCUUGACUACAUUAGACGUGAAACAAAGACCAUGUCCCUUCACUCCCACCCCAAUAUCCUCGACGUUCUGUGUUGUUUCACCGUUGAUCGCCAUCUUUGGGUUGUCAUGCCCUUCAUGUCCUCCGGUUCCCUCCACUCGAUCAUUUCUUCUUCCUUCCCCGACGGUCUACCGGAGCAAUGCAUUGCAAUAGUCCUGAAAGAAACCCUUAACGCAUUGUCUUAUUUCCACAACCAGGGCUGCUUACACAGAGACAUCAAGGCCGGGAACAUUCUUGUGGACGGAAAUGGGUCUGUCAAGCUCGCUGAUUUCGGCGUCUCCUCCUCAAUUUACGAGUCGGACUAUUCGUUCUCAGCAUUGCCGUCUUCCGCUGAUGUGGCCUGGGUGCCUUACUGGAUUGCGCCUGAGGUUAUACACUCGCAAACUGGAUACAAUCUCAAGGCUGAAAUUUGGUCUUUUGGCAUAACGGCGCUCGAAUUAGCUCAUGGAAGACCUCCUCUGUCUCGUUUUCUGCCUUCAAAGUCUUUGGUCGUCAACAUAACCAAGCGGUUUCCUUUCUCGGAUCACGCAAGGAGCAAGACUGGCAAGGAGUUCUCAAAGGCUUUCAGGAACAUGGUGGCUUCGUGUCUUAAUCAAGAUCCAGCCAAGAGACCAACUGCAGAUAAGCUCUUGAAGCAUUCCUUCUUCAAGAACUGCAGAGGCGCAGAAUUCCUUUUGAAAAACUUGCUAAGUGGAUUGCCUAGCGUCGAAAAACGGCUCAAGGAUAUGAAGGCUUCGUACAGAGUUGGUGAUCGCCUUGUAGAUGAGGACGAUUCACUGAUUCCAAUCACCGAAGAAAGAAGAAUAAGUGGUUGGAACUUCGAUGAAGAAGGGUUCAAGCUCGACCCAGUAUUCCCAACAGAGUCAGGGGACGAUGACGAUUUCAUCCAAAUUAGUAUUGAGGGAAGUGAGUCGGUGGAUGAUUGGAAGGAACCAGAACUUUGCUUUUAUAGAGACAGAUGAUAGGAAGCAUGAUUGGAAUUGUGAGCAGA